AUCGCACUGGAAUUUCUGAUUCGCAGAAAUUUAUGCUGUCGGCUUUUAAUUUCUGUAAAAAAUCGUUUGUUUUAUUGUUCACGUGUUGAUAGUCACAUUACUGACAUUACUCAUUAGGAAAUUGGAAGAAUGAAGAUGGAACUUUAUGCUGAUAUUGUACCUUUGUCAGCAGAAAAUUUUAGACAGUUUUGCACUGGGGAGUAUAGAAGAGAUGGUGUGCCUAUAGGAUAUAAAGGAGCAAUAUUUCAUAGAGUCAUAAAAGACUUCAUGAUACAGGGUGGUGAUUUUGUCAAUGGUGAUGGCACAGGAGUAUUUAGUGUUUAUGGAGGUAACUUUGCUGAUGAAAAUUUCAAACUAAAGCAUAGUGGACCAGGCUUACUAUCUCUGGCAAACAGUGGAAAAGACACAAAUGGCUGCCAAUUUUUCGUAACCUGUGCGAAAUGUGAUUUCUUAGAUGGAAAGCACGUUGUUUUUGGCAGGGUGGUUGAUGGAUUGCUGGUAAUGAGGAAAAUCGAAAAUGUACCCAUCGGACCAAACAACAAACCGAAGAUCCCAGUGACAAUAUCGCAAUGUGGAGAGAUGUAAACUCGACAGUUUCCUUGUAGCAAUUCAAUCAGUGUUACCUUUGCUAUCAUGUUGUGGUCUGGCCCAGCCUGGUCACCUGCUCUUGCAUACCUAUUGCUGUCAGGCAUAUAUGAGGUGACUGAUGUAUGAACCAGAUGAUGAUCUCUAUUUCGAAGACAAAACCGUAUCGCAGUAGGAAUUUUCUACGUUAGCUCCUUGCAACACGGUAGUUGGAGGAUCGAACACUGAGAAGACAUUCCCACAUAGACAUUUGCGGUGAAUCUCCAUGGGUCACAAUGUGUUGAGCAGCUGUACAGAUAAGCUCCAGAAGACUACCAAACUGCAACCCAUGUUAUGGCGAUUUGUAAAAAAUUGAAUGUGUCUGAAAGGAGUUUUAUUAUUCCAUGUUUAUGAUUUGUGAUGAGUCGACUAUCAUAAUUACGAGUAGCUACAUUGCGAAAUCGAAAUUCAGCUGUAUCACUAUGAAAUGUGUUAAUACAUUACUGCAUUUAGUUUGACUAAUAAUAAAAUCAUUAUUUUAUAAAAAAAACA